CUCUUGUUUGGAAUUCCCAAAAGAUGGCGACGGCGCCUCUAGCUGAGGAGAGCCUACAGUCGCGUAUCAACAAGGCCACCAAUCCUCUGAAUAAGGAGACUGAUUGGGAUAAUAUCAAGGUUUUUUGUGAUCAACUCAACAAUGAACCAGAAGGGCCCCAACUUGCUACCAGACUUCUGGCCCACAAAAUCCAAUCUCCUCAGGAAUGGGAGGCCAUGCAAGCACUUCUGGUUCUGGAAACCUGUAUGAAGAACUGUGGGAAGCCAUUUCACAGUGAAGUGGGAAAGUUCCGCUUUCUCAAUGAGCUCAUAAAGGUGGUCUCACCCAAGUACUUGGGAAGUCGUGCUCCAGAGCCAGUGAAGACAAAAGUUCAAGAAAUGAUGUUUAGCUGGACAGUGACGCUUCCAGAAGAGAUCAAGAUCGCUGAUGCUUAUCAGAUGUUGAAGAAACAAGGUAUUGUCAAACAGGAUCCCAUUCUUCCUGAUGACAAGCCCCUUCCUCCCCCUCCACCUAGAACCAAAAGUGCCAUCUUUGAGGAUGAAGAGAAGUCUAAGAUGUUGUCUCGCUUAUUGAAUAGCUGUCACCCUGAAGAUCUAAGAGCCGCAAACCAGCUCAUUAAGGAAAUGGUCCAGGAGGACCAGAAGCGUGUAGAGAAGGUUUCAAAGCGUGUAAACGCCAUUCAGGAGGUGGAAGAGAGUGUGAGCCUGCUGAGCCAGCUCUUGGAAGGUUACAGCAAGGAAGGCAGCUCACCGUGCAACCAGGAGCUCAUUAAGGAUCUUUACCAGCGUUGUGAAAAAAUGAGACCCACGCUAUUCCGGUUAGCCAGUGAUACGGAGGACAACGAUGAAGCUUUGGCGGCUAUCUUACAGGCCAAUGACAGCUUGACACAGGUGAUUAACCUCUACAGGGAGCUGGUGAUGGGUGAAAAGCUGGCUAAAGAUUGUAUAAACACACACUCGCAACCAGGCAGCAGCGGCUCAGCCCUGUUAGAACUGGCAGAAUUGAGUGCACCAGCAGCCAACACGGCACCAUUCAACGCAAAACCCUCCAACUUGGAGAUCCUGAGUCAAAACAUGGGCAUCAGCCUCCUGGACGAUGAGCUCAUGUCACUCGGACUGAAUGUUACAGAAUCAUGUGAGCCUCACAGCACUUUACAGUCUUCUGCUGUCCAAGACUUCCCGUCUCCGACAAUCCCAACUCCAGUGUUGCAUCCAGCUGUGGCCCAGACUCCGCAGGUUGUAGGCGUGGCACCCAAAGUCAUGGAUGAGCUGGACCUCCUGGGGAAGACCUUGUUAGAGCAGUCCCUCCCACCAGAGAACCAGCAGGUCAAAUGGGGUAAACUCCAACCUCAGGCUCGGGUGACGUUGCGAGAGCUCCAGUCCAAGUCCAACUACAACUCUGGACCCGCUCCACCAUUCCCAUCGGCUCCCGCGCCCUCGUCCAACUUGGCUGUGCAAGAACAAGCUAACAAUCCUACGCCUGUUGUUGACAAAAAAAUGUUGCUAGCUUCUAUCUCCUGCAACAACAUCUCCCUUGCUGAUGUUGCAAUGCCUCUGGAAUUAAUCCACCCAAGCAGCUUGCUACCAGUGACUGUAUUCGACAAGCACAGCCUCCGCGUUUUGUUCACGUACGCCCGUGACUGUCCGCCGUCACGCCCGGAUGUUCUUGUGGUGAUCAUUUCCAUGCUGUCGUCAGCGCCAGUUCCUGUCACAAAAAUUCGCUUUCAAGCCGCUGUACCCAAGGUAAUGAAAGUGAAGCUUCAGCCGCCAUCGAGUACUGAACUCCCAGCGUUUAAUCCCGUCCUUCCUCCGGCUGCUAUCACACAGAUUCUUCUACUGGCUAAUCCUAAUAAGGAAAAGGUGCGUUUGCGUUACAAGUUAACCUUCAACCUGGGCGACAACUCUCAUGAUGAAUCGGGUGACGUGGACCAGUUCCCUCCUCCGAGCACCUGGGGUAAUCUUUAGCGGGAAGGAUUACCGAUAUGUCUUCUAUAGCUUCCUUUCAAUUUGGGUUGAAGACGUCCCACACGAGUGACUGGUUCAGGCGUCUUUGUUAGUUAAAGAGACCAGUUGUGUUGUGUGGGAAAAACGUUUCUACCUGGUGCCUUCCUGUCUGUCACGGUUUUUUUUUUUUUGGUCUUUUCCACCGUUUCCUCUUCUUCACAUGUAUAUCGAAACCAGGGACCUUCCCGGGGAACAAAUGUAACCUUUUUAAAUGAAUGUUUGCUUUGGGAUGAACCAACCUUGAAAUUGCCUGUUCUUUUUAAGAAAACAAAUGGAAGCAUGUGAUGUGACAGUGGCAGCACUACCUUUUUAGUAUUGAUGACACGUCAUGAGUGUUUUAAGUGGGACAGUAAAGCCGUUAAACUGCAACACACGCAUUUGAAUGAACUUUCCCAGGUGACAUCAAACCACAUGACAUUGUGAUGAAUAUGUCAUCAGACAGGUUUACAUAGUGUUAAAUCCAAUGUAAGUCAUGCUAUACUUCAUGUCAAGAGAACGAAUGAAUGGGCCUACGUUAGCUCGCAUAUAUUCCCAUUAACAUGAGCAUUGUAUUAUUAUUAUUAUUAUUAUUAUUAUUAUAAAUUCUCAAUGUAUUCAAAUGAUCACCCUUGAUUGGAAGUUAGAAAAGUAUACGUUUCACAGUGUUAUUAUGAUUGUAGCCAUGCAGAACUGCAGCGAAAUGUGGUUUUGAAUCCUUUGCCCCUUUUGGGAAUAUAGGAAUUUACAAUACAGGAAUCAUCAGGAAUUAGCGAUUAAGCCUUCCCGGGAAUUUAUUGGUCAAAAUCUUAUCUCAGAAAAUAGGCCGCUUCUACAGGAAAUGUAUCUCAUUCACAUUAAGUCGGUAUAAAUUCAUAGAUUAUGCCUGACUGAUGUUUUUUUGUGAAGCAUUGGGGUUUUGUAUGUUUUCUGCGGACCUUGAACGCACCGUAGUUGUGUGCUCAGCUAGAGUUUGAGUACAUAUUCCUUUUUCUAUUUUAAAUCAAGGGGGCGGGCAAAGUUUGAAUGGCGAGCCGCAUUGGGUUAAAACAUUUGGCAUGGAGGCGGUCAUCAAACAGAACGAGAUACAGUACUUGCUCACGGUGCAACAAAAAUUAAACUACUACUACCGUGUAAAAAUAACAUGUAACUUAAAACUCUUAUUUCCAAAUGCCCGCAAGGCAUGCCGCAUUGGGUUAAAACAUCAAACAGAAUGAGAUACAGUACUUGCUCACGGUGCAACAAAAACUAAACUACUACUACUACUACUACUACCGUGUAAAAAUAACAUGUAACUUAAAACUCUUAUUUCCAAAUGCCCGCAAGGCAUGCCACAUUGGGUUAAAACAUCAAACAGAACGAGAUACAGUACUUGCUCACGGUGCAACAAAAACUAAACUACUACUACUACUACUACCGUGUAAAAAUAACAUGUAACUUAAAACUCUUAUUUCCAAAUGCCACGCAAGGCAUGCCACAUUGUGUUAAAACAUCAAACAGAAUGAGAUACAGUACUUGCUCACGGUGCAACAAAAACUAUACUACUACUACCGUGUAAAAUAACAUGUAACUUAAAACUCUUAUUUCCAAAUGCCCGCAAGGCAUGCCACAUUGGGUUAAAACAUCAAACAGAACGAGAUACAGUACUUGCUCACGGUGCAACAAAAACUAAACUACUACUACUACUACUACCGUGUAAAAAUAACAUGUAACUUAAAACUCUUAUUUCCAAAUGCCCCGCAAGGCAUGCCACAUUGGGUUAAAACAUCAAACAGAAUGAGAUACAGUACUUGCUCACGGUGCAACAAAAACUAAACUACUACUACUACUACCGUGUAAAAAUAACAUGUAACUUAAAACUCUUAUUUCCAAAUGCCCGCAAGGCAUGCCACAUUGGGUUAAAAACAUCAAACAGAACGAGAUACAGUACUUGCUCACGGUGCAACAAAAACUAAACUACUACUACUACCGUGUAAAAUAACAUGUAACUUAAAACUCCUAUUUCCAAAUGCCCGCAAGGCAUGCCACAUUGGGUUAAAACAUCAAACAGAAUGAGAUACAGUACUUGCUCACGGUGCAACAAAAACUAUACUACGACUACCGUGUAAAAUAACAUGUAACUUAAAACUCUUAUUUCCAAAUGCCCGCAAGGCAUGCCACAUUGGGUUAAAACAUCAAACAGAACGAGAUACAGUACUUGCUCACGGUGCAACAAAAACUAAACUCGUCCACAUAACUCAAUUACUACUACUACUACCGUGUAAAAUAACAUGCAACUUGAAACUCUUAUUUCCAAAUGCCUGCAAGGCAUGCUGGGUGAUCAAAGGCAACAAUAUGAACUGUGAACAAUAUUGGAUUGCAAGAGUAUGUUAAUUCCUUCUUGCUGAAUUUAAUAUAAUUACAAUUUUACUGCAAAUGUUCAUCCAGAAUUGCAGAACAUCAGCGUCAGGAUGGUGUAUCAAUCGUUUUUCAUGAUUAGCUAUAUCAAACGACAAUUAUUUUCAUUAUGAAACCUAAUCGUGUUGCUGGUAAAGUUACACAAACAGCUGUGAUUUCCUGACAUGAAGACAUUCUUAACGUUUCAGCACUUUAGAAAUAUUCUAACAAUCUUUACAUUGGAUUUGACUCAGGAUCAAUAGAAUGAUAUCACAUGCACUUAUUUGAUUUUUUGCACGAGACAUGUCCUUUUGACAGAAUGUUGUCUUUCCUCGUUUGCUGCCUUUCUUGACGUUUGACCCAAAGAGGGACACCGCAAAGUCCUAAGUUGACAUCGCUGACAUCUGAUCAGUGAUUUUCUACCACACGUGCCUGAGAUGAAGGUCAUUCUUUUCAUUUGUGCAUACGUUUUAUGUACUGUGAAUCUCUUGUGAUGUUUGUCUGCAUCAAAUGGUACAUGAGAAUAAUUUACAGCAUGGGUCGACGGCCGCUGAGAUUAUACAGAUAUUAAAAUAAAGAAUAUGGUGGCAGAUUGGUUUCAUUUUCAUUCUUAAGUGUUACUAGUCAAGAACCAGUAACGUGGUUACAAAACAUUUUUAAUGUGUUCCAUUGAAUUCAUAUUGUACAUGAAAACAGUCGGA